UAAGGUUUUGCUUUAUUUAUGGUUACUGACUCGUUCAUUAUCUCUACUCUCAUCUUCCAUGGCUCCCGUAUACAUAGACGAGACUGCUGGCUCAGAUACUACUGGAAAUGGCUCUGAAGCUCAACCAUAUCAAACCCUUGCCUAUGCCUUGUUCGUUACGGAGUCUGCAGAAGCAACUUAUUCAAUUCGCAAAGAUGCUGGUUCUCCUUUCGAUGAACCGACACAAUCGUCGCUAAAGAAAGCCCGCAAAACUGCUGAUGGCUUGAAGAAAAAGAAACAGAAGCAGGAGGAGCUAGCAGAACGUGAAGCGAAGGAAAAGGGUGCAGAAAAGGAGAAACGGGAAAAUUUACUCGAAGAAAGCAAGAAGAUCGUCCUAGUCGAGGACUCUAGCUUACCUCAAGCAAAAAGGUCAAAGAUUGUUCACCUGGAAAGUUUGAGGAAGCAACGAGUGGCAGUUUCCGGAUGGGUCCAUCGUUUGAGGCAACAAAAAGAUAUCACGUUUAUAACACUUCGAGACGGUACCGGCUACCUCCAGGCUGUCCUCUCUGGAACUGUUAAUCAAACAUACCAAGCACUUACUCUCACGCUGGAAUCGACCGUGGAGCUUGUUGGAUUACUGCAAGUUGUCCCUGAAGGCAAAACCGCUCCGGGAGGACAUGAACUGAUCGUCGACUACUGGGGAUUGUUGGGCGCGGCUCCUGGACAAGAGGAUGCUUUUACCAACCGGUUGAACGAAAAAUCUGAUCCUUCAAUUCAAGCCGACCUUCGACAUCUGGUUCUGCGUGGAGAGACAAGUUCCAGCGUUUUUCGCCUUCGAGCUGCACUUAUGGCCGCAUUCCGACAGGCAUACGCGAAACUCAACUGCUUGGAAGUCACAACGCCCUGCCUUGUCCAGACCAUGGUUGAAGGCGGCGCCACCCUCUUCCAACUCGAUUAUUACGGGCAGCCCGCGUUUUUGACGCAGAGUUCUCAACUGUACUUGGAAACUUGCCUACCUAGUUUGGGAGACGUCUACUGUUUCCAGGAGAGUUUCAGGGCCGAAAACAGCCAUACCCGUCGUCAUCUAGCUGAAUACACUCACAUGGAGGCUGAAGUCGCAUUCGUCACCUUUGACCAGUUGAUGGAUCAUAUCGAGACGGUCAUCUGUGAUGCUGUCGACAUUUUACUUGGCAAUCCAGCCUCUGCAGCCCUCAUUAAACAAUUGAAUCCCUCCUUCUCUGCCCCAGCACGGCCAUUCCUUCGUUUGUCCUACGUAGAUGCCAUUGCAUGGCUCAAUAAACAUGGUAUCAAGCGUCCGGCUGAAGAUGAUAAAGGGAACCCUAUAUCGGAUGAGAACGGCCAGGUCAAGAUGGUGGAACACGCCGUCGGCGAUGACAUCGCGGAAGCAGCAGAGAGGCAGAUGACAGACAUUAUUGGAAAACCCGUUUUCCUCCAUGGAUUCCCUGCAGAGCUCAAGGCAUUCUACAUGAAAAAGAUACCUCACCAGGAGGGGAACUUAAUGUUCACGGAGAGCUGUGAUUUGUUGAUGCCUAAUGUGGGAGAAAUCACGGGAAGGGAUAGACCCUACUGCCUAUUACUGGUACACAGACCAGCGAAAGUACGGUACAUGCCAACAUGGAGGUUACGGGUUAGGUGUCGAGCGAUUCCUCGCCUGGCUUGCCAACCGGUACACUGUAAGAGAAUGUGUGCUAUAUCCUCGAUGGCCCGGUCGUGCAACCCCCUGAAGUAGCACCUACGUUGAUUUCAGUGUGUACAAGGGAAUUCAAGCAAUGGAGAAGGUUCGACUGAGCCACGCUGGUCCAGAGUCUGAGAGAUUAUAUAUCACUUUAUGUAAAUCAUCACUUGUAACUAAACGCAUCCUCGAAUCUUGACCUGACCCUUACA